ACAUCAAUAACAGUUUCGGCCUGAGAAGGAAUUUUGUUAUUCUUUGAAUAUGACGCGACGAAACGAAAUAUUCCAUCUAGAUUUUAACCAAGACCAAGGUUGUUUUAGCUGUACCAUGGAUGGAGAGCUUAGAAUUUAUAACGUAGAGCCUCUGUCAGAAAAGGCUCGUGUUGAUCUGAAUGAGCCAUUCCAGAUAUCUCAGGCUCACAUGUUGCAUAGAUGUAACCUAAUAGCCAUAGUAGGAACUGGACCAGGAGCAAGGUUUUUUAAUGACAAAGUGUACAUUUGGGAUGAUAUGUUAAAAAAGCUUGUAAUUGAACUCUCAUUUGGUUGUCCUGUUGUAAGCAUCAGGUUAAGAAGAGACAAGCUUUUUGUAGUUUUGAAGACAAGGAUCCAAGUAUUUUCAUUUCCUAAAGAUCCAAAUUUGCUGUUUUACUUUGACACAAAAGAAAAUCCUAAAGGUCUUUGUGAAGUUUGUCCAAGUAUUGACAGGCCCCUAUUGGUUUUUCCUUCACGCAAAUGUGGCAGUAUACAGCUUGUGGAUCUGACCAAUAGACAACCAGAUACUUCAACAGCACCAUUUACAAUUAAUGCCCAUCAAGGUGAACUUGCAUGUCUGGCUGUUAACCAACAGGGUACUCAAGUGGCCACAGCUUCAGUCAAGGGUACACUUAUUCGUGUGUUUGACUCACAAACCAAAACCUUACUGGUAGAGUUACGACGGGGAGCAGAUCCUGCUACUCUGUACUGCAUCAAUUUCAGCCACGACUCUGCAUAUCUGUGUGUUUCCAGUGAUAAAGGAACAGUUCAUAUCUUUGCUCUGAAGAACACUUCUUUGAACAAGAGGUCAAGCUGUAUGUGUCGACGGUACCUUUCAUAAGUACGUGUUUACUCCAGACGGCAACUGUAACCGGGAGGCUUAUGACGUGUUUCUGGAGUUAGGCGAUGACAACGAAUUCUGAAAGUAUGAGUGGAUAAUUUGGACGAGAGAUCUUCUCCCCAGAAAACGAUACAUAUAUCUUGGAGGAAAUGUAUUUAUGACAAGAAUAAGAAACUUUCAGCGUGAAACGCGAUGGAACUUGGGACAUAAUAUUAUUAUGGAUGGAAACUUACGGAGCAUAGUGUUUGAGGCAUCUGAAACUCGCGCAUGACUUUUACGGUGCACGUGGCUCUGUGCUAGCGAUAGCUUUUGGUUAUGACAAAAUGACAGGAUUUAGUCUGAAUUUUAGAAAUGCUGUAUAUUAGAAAAGAGACAUCGAAGCUAAACGUGUAUAUAGAAAUAUGCCUACCUGUACAUAGAUUGAAUUAAAAGGGGUUGCGUAUGGCACCGGGAGCUUUCCAUUUUUA